GCGCCCGGGACGGCAGCGCGCGACUGGGGGCCGUUGGGGUGCGCGCUGGCCCUAGUGGACGCCUCCGCGGCCGCCAUGCAGCUGACGGUGAAGGCGCUCCAGGGCCGUGAGUGCAGCCUACAGGUGCCGGAAGACGAGCUGGUGUCCACACUGAAGCAGCUGGUCUCCGAAAAGCUGAACAUCCCCGUGCGCCAGCAGCGACUGCUGUUCAAGGGCAAGGCCCUAGCAGAUGGGAAACGACUGUCAGAUUACAGCAUUGGGCCCAAUUCCAAGCUCAACCUAGUGGUUAAACCUCUGGAGAAGGUGUUACUUGAAGAAGGCGCCGCCCGGAGACUGGCCGACUCCGCAUCUCCUCCUGUCUGGCAGCUGAUCUCCAAAGUCCUGGCUCGCCACUUCAGUGUAGCAGAUGCUAGCAGGGUAUUAGAACAACUGCAGAGGGAUUAUGACAGGUCCCUGAGCCGCCUGACACUGGAUGACAUCGAACGCUUGGCCAGCCGCUUCCUGCACCCUGAAGUGACUGAGGCUAUGGAGAAGGGGUUCUCCAAGUAGCAUUCUUGGAUUAUGGGAAGGAGCCCGAGGCUAGGCCACAGCUGCAUGUUGCAUUAAAUGUAUUCUCCUGUUGCAGUUUGGCUCAUAAUAACAAUAAUAAUAGCGGCUGGUAUGUACCAGGCUCUUGCUAGGUGCCAGGCACUACUCAAAGCACUUGACCAGGGUUCUCUACCACCCCUGCAAUAGAACUGAGACAGUAUGGUGGAGGCACCUAGCAAUGACAUGGGAGAGCCCAAAUCUGAGUCCAGCCAGCUUACAGAAGUGCCUCAGUGUGAGAAGGAGGAAUGGGCUUUAGCAUUUCACAUUUAGCCCACUGAGAAUAAGCCCUUGAGUGAUGUGCCCCCAAGCCUGAAAGGGUAAGCAGUUGGCCCCUGCUGCCCAGUCUUGUCACCUGACCUCUGUGGAGUGUGGCCCAGCCCUAAACAAAUCUCCACAGGAGGGCAAGUGACAACCAGCCCUGGGCCUCCUCAGCUGCUGCAGCAAGUGUGCUCUUGAUAAAGGAAAAGCAGGAACCUGGGAGUCAGAAAGUCACCCCACCUCUGUGGCAUGACUUGAAACGAGUUUCUGUGCUACUUUGGUCCCUGACCAUUGAGUCUGUGCAGACCUGAACCAAUUUCCUUCCUCCUUACCCCAGCCCAGGGUGGAGAGUCCCUACGAUGAUCUUCCACCUUCUAUUCAAUAAACAAACCGAAGCCAAAAGUGAAGCUAUAGCCAAGCAUGGGCCAGAGAUGGCAUGCCCUUGGUGACACAGCUCUUCUCUGGGGCACCCUGUCUGCUUGUCUCCUCCUGGAGAUGAGUAGUUCUCGCCCAUAGGGCAGACAGGUCACUUAGCAAGACAGUGUCACAGCUCGGACUCCAUCUCAGUCUCUGCACCUAGUGCUUGCCCACAGUAUGAAGACGAUGCUUCCCAUGCUACCUGUAUACAGGGGCUUACACUUUGCACACACCUCAUUGCCUGAGAAGAAACCUCAGGGUGCUGGAGAGGGCCAGAAGUAUGGACUCAGUAGCAGUGGUUCCUCUUUCAUCCUGCACUGUGCAUGGUGCUAGAGGUCAUGUAAGUACCUACCUUCUCCUUGGAGGAGGCCCCCAGGGGUGGUAGAGAUUGGAAGGCAGCCAUAUGUAUUUGGUUCUUCCACUUUCACCAUUCUCCAUGUGGUCAAGGCUGGACCUGCCUUCCCUGCCAUAGGCCCUGCUGCCUGGUCCUUAUGGGGUGAACACUGGAUCCCCAUACUGGAAAGAUGAACAGAGGCCUGAGAUCAAAGAACAGACAGUGGCCUCUGGCCCUUCCUGAGAGCUGGAGACAUCACAUAGCAGGUAUCUGCUUAGGAAUAUCUGUGGUCUGCCAGCUUACAUGAUAAACUUACAAUACUCUCAUUUAUUUUGAGUCAGGGAAUGUAUUUUGAAAAUUCACACUAAAGGUGCAUGUGAGACUUUUAUCCAAAAGGAACUCUAUUAGCUAGGCUGGUUUUGGUUUCCAAUAAUUGUUUUAACAAUAAAGGAAACUUAAUGGCUUAGGAAACUGAAAAGUCCAGGGUCCUGGCAGUGGAGGAAGAAGUUGACCAGAUAUCUACUUUCUCUCUGCCUCCCUAUGCAUCCUCCACUAUCUGCUUUAUCCCAGGCCAGCACCUCUGGGGAUCAAAAGGUGGCUGCCUGCAACUUCGGUGGAACUCUUUGUUCACUGCUGGUGAGGAGCACCUUCUCUCUGUAGAUUAGCUUCUGUCUCAGAUGUCCCCAACAAAUAAAUGCUAUUGUUAUUGGUCAGGA